AAAGAAUACGAUUACGAUACACUAAAUUUCAUAUUAGAAGCAGAUAUAAAGUGCAAAGAAGAAGGAGCUUUACUUGGAAGCGGCCUCCAAGUUACAGAUAUCUGUUUUAUUCAAAUUGAUAACGACACCGGGAGAGAGACUCAUAAAAUAUGCGCUUUCAACGAAGAGGAGUGGUAUUUUAAUUCAUCAUGGAAGCUUUAUACUUGGGACUACGUUCGUUGGAAGUGGGAAGGACGGACGCUUACUGUUGCAUUGCUGGUGGUGAGAAAAGACUCGGUGGACGCAAAGGGAAAAAUCAUCAAAUACAAUCGUGCAAACGAAAAUCCAGUCGCAUUUUAUUCUACCAAGUAUGAAGAUCGCAAAUUCUCUGAAACAGGAACAGGUGAUGAUUUCUCGGAGAUGUACUUCGAAAACCCA